AUGUUUCCGAUUUCACCCCCACGAGUCUCCCCACCUUCGACCCACCCCCAAUUUUCUCUUCCAGUGAAACAGGAGACCUCACAACAGCGGAUCCUGCCACUUCAUCCGCUCAUGCACUCUUCAGGUCGGACUGCAAUGAGUGGACUCAGGUCUUCUGGGCUGCUGGGGCUGGUACUCUUAAUGCUCUCAGCAGGAUACUGCAAAGAAAAAACGGACUCCACAGAUCUGAAGGACAAGCAAAGUCUCUUAAAUCUCAUCAUGGAGAUCAUUCAGGAACUGAAAAGGUACCACCUGGAGAAGGACAGUGGGAUGCAGUACUUCUCCAAGCAUGACUACAACUUGGAUCGAAGAGAAGUGGCUGACUACGGAGGAUACCAGGAUGAGCAGAGAGUUGAAAUAGUUCCCAGAGAUCUGAGGAUGAAAGACAAGUUCUUGAAGCAUUUAACAGGUCCACUCUACUUUAGCCCAAAAUGUAGCAAACACUUUCAUCGGCUUUAUCACAAUACAAGGGACUGCACCAUCCCAGCAUACUAUAAAAGAUGUGCCAGGCUUCUUACUCGAUUGGCAGUAAGCCCUAUGUGCAUGGAAGGAUAA